CCUUCCCUCUCCCCCCCCGUCCCGCUCCUGCUUCUGCUCCCCUUGCCCCUGCUCCCGCUGCGCUGCCUCUCUCUCGCUCUCUUUCUCUCUCUCUCUCUCAUGUCCCUUUGCUCUUGGAUCCGCCAGCGCCCCCAGCGGGGGCGCCGGAGUGCCCUCCUCCGCUGCGACAGGGGGCCCUCCCGCCGCGGCGAUGUCUCGGCGUCGCCCGCGGGGCUUCCCGCCCUUCUUCGGCCCGCUGGUCGGCGUCUGCAGGUUCUGCACCAACGCCGAGGGCAACCUCUCGCGCGCCGACCACCGGUGGAUCCUGUCGCGCGUCGUGUACUCUGUCGUGGACCAGAUUUUGGACUACCUGGUGGUUUUGGCGAUGCUUGCUGAGGAGGAGUAUGCUCUUGUGGCCAUGCAGCUGGCAGUCCUGGUUCUCGCUGGCUGGAAGACCUCCUACUUCAUGAAGUCGGCGUUCGGAAACAUACAGCGUGGCAAGGCGGCGGCCGCGGUGGCGCAGGCGAAGGGCGACGGGCAGGCCGACGACGACGCGACCUGUGGGCAGGCAGACGGGCCCGACGACGAGGGGGAGGCGCGUGCACCCGCACAGGCAGGCCACCGCCGUGAUGAGCGCGGCGAGGACGAGGACGAACGCUUCCGACGGGAUCGGCGAGGGGUGCUUUGUGCAUGUGCGGAAGAGGCGGAGGAGAAAGGGGAUGACGAAAGCGACACAAGUUCCAUCGUGGAGCUUAACCACGCGCCCUCGGCGCCGACCACGGCCACGGCGCAGGGCGCUCCGGAUGGCGCCACGGCGCGCGCGGGGUCGGUGCAGGCUGGGUCGGCGGAAGCUGGGUCAGCGCAGGCCGGUUCGGCAGAAGCCAUAGCGGCGCAGCCCGCGGCGGCAUGUUCUGAGGCCGACCGCCAUGGCGAGGUAAGCCACCGUGCACCCCCGGCGGAGGAGGGCGGCGGCGAGGUCCUGCGCGUGGCCGCGCCCUUGUUUUCGCAGACGGCGGUCCCGUCGGACGCGAGCGCGAGCUCGGCUGCGGCCGCGGCCGCUGGCGCGCCUGCGGGCAUCGUCGAGCAGAAGACGUUGCGGGACUCGAAGCGCGCGUCGAGUGCCGCGGCGGCUGAGAAGUCAUACCUGGCGUUCGCCAGCGUGGCAGGCGCAACCACGGUGAAGGAGCUCCACCGCAAGGCGUCGCGCAAUUGCUCUAAGAGCAGCCACCAGGGCCACUCAACCUCGCCGUCGCUGUCGCCGGAGAAGGCGACGGACGGCGCGUGCUCGGGCAUGACCUCCAGCACUGGCAGCGGCACCGCCACGCCGCGCCGCUAUGGCGCGCCACGCACGGAGCUAGACGGACCGCUGCAGGCGGCGCAGGCGGCGAGCCAGCGGGCGCGCCGCAGCAGCCUGCCGGUGGCCAGCAACCAGCUGCUCGAGCAGCAGGACGCCGUGCGGCAGGAGCAGCAGCAGAGCGCAGUGCUGCAGCAGCAGCACAACCUCCUGCUGCAGCAGCAGAACGCCAUGCUGCAGCAGCAGAACGCCAUGCUGCAGCAGCAGCUGCAGCUCAUGCAGCACGCGGCGGGGCUGUCGCCGGGCACGUCGGCGGGCGCCUCUGCGGGCACGCUGCUGGGCGUGUUGCCGCUGGGCCCGUCGCCAGGCUCGUCUGCGGGGGUCUCAGCUUUUGCUACCGCGCCAGGCGCCGCGGCUGUCGUGCCUCCGCUGGGGCUCCAGCAGCUGCAGCAGCAGACCGCAGACUGCCGGCUGCUCAAGGACGCCACUGUACGCCUCGCGCUGCAGGAACAGGUGCGCAAGACCGCCGCCAGCGCUCCCCUCAGCCAGCCUCUGAACACCGUGAAUCUGUGGGGCGAGCACACGUUCCUGAGCAUCUUGCUGAGUCCGCGCGAGCUCUUGUACGGCAUUCUGGAGGUCGAGAAAAUGCGCGCGAUCUGGAAAAUCGUCAUGUCGCAUUCCUCUUCGCAGUCUGGGGCAUCUUCCUCUGGACACGAGGUGCAGUACUCGGAUAAGUCCUCUGAGGCUUGGGCCACCUUCGCGGCGGGCGAGCUCGCCCGCGGUCUCUUUGUGACCAUGCCGCAGACCUACAUCCAGACCUACCUGGCGCUGGUGCUCUUCUUCGGCCACCGCCAACACAGCGACGAGAACUUCCUCGGCAGGUGGGCGGUGUCGGAGCGCGUGGUGGUUAUGCUGUCGAUCGUGAGCUCCGUGCUGACGGCCGCGUUCGCCUCCUACACGUACGAGGUGUGCCAGCUGACGAAGAACGGGCUCGAGGCACCCUCGUUCAGCGAGGCCUGGCGCAGCACCGUACGCCGCAUGCGCCGCGUGGCAAGAGACGUGUCGGCGCAGUCGUCAGCGCGCUCACUUGCGCAGGUGCUGCCCGCCACGAGCCCGCGCGAGCCCACGCCGUCAGCUGGCGAGGGCGACACAGCAGACCCCGAGCACUGCGUCGACCACGACGACCGCGGCUCGAUCGACGGCAGGCUUGGACUGGACGACGGCGGCUCGUGCAGCGUGGCGCUGCGCCCGUCUGGUGCGCGCGCCGGCCUGGCGCUGGCUCUGUGCCGGCCGCUGGACCUCCUGCCGCUGGGGCUGCUGAUGCUGCUGACGAAGACGCUGGAGGUAUCCGCCCGAGGAAAAGAAAAACAAAAAAAAAGAAAAACAAAAACACGCUGGAGGUAUCCGCCCGCGUCGUCAGCGUCACCUUCUUCCUGUUUUUCUGCCGGCUGCCCAUGCGGGAGAAACUGGCCAUCUUCGUGGCCUCCGAGGGCUGCUUCCUCCUCGGGCUUGCGGCGCGCAAGCUCUUCCUGCAGCGCCGCUACCGGCAGCACGCGCGCGCGAAGGCCCUGCUGACGCACGGCAGCCUCGAGAGCGCCCUGGCAGAGGGCAGCCUGGAGCCGGAGCCGUCGAAGAGGCAGCUGUGCAAGGCCGUGCUGCAGUCGAUCUCAAUCACGCUGCCCAUGUACACGACAGUGCACUCGCAGCGCUACUUCGAGUCCGUCUUCGGCGCCGGCGUGCCGUUCUGGCUCUUCUACGGCUACAGGGCAGGGGUGCAGACGUUGGCGCUGCACCUCGUGCUCCUGCUAGCUGCGGGGGGCCCAGGGCUGGCGCCUGCAGACUUCUGGGAGCCGGGCGAGGAGGCGUGGCGCGCGGACAUCCGCGGCGCCGACGAAGAUGGCAGCUUCGCCUCCCUCUGGGCGUGGCUGUGCCCGGCGCUGAUGGUGGCUGCGCACGCGGCCUGGUUCCCGGCGUGGACGGCCACGAAGCGCGGCGUGCGCAGGUGGGCGCGCGAGGUGCACGGCGUGGGCAGCGUGUGAGGAGGUAUCGGGCCUCAGUGGUCCUCGUUCUGCUCGUACAGUUUGUGAUCGUGGACCCUGGGAGGGGACUGGGGACUGAUUUUUCACUGCCGCUGUCUGAACUCGCUCUGCUCCGAGUUUGUUGGAACGCAUUUUUCGGCGUGGACCUCUGCGCGAAAGCUUCGGGGCUUGCCCAAAGGAGCGAAGCCUGGGAGACGAUCGCGGCCACGCUAUGCCAGGCGAUGCCUGCCAAUAUAUGAUAGAUCAAGACGCAUUCACGUAAGCCCAGGUCCAAUUACAUCCUGGGUAUGUGCGCUGCUCAACCUCCAAUAUUCGUUGGACCCUUGGAAGUCCAUCCUUGCUCUUGAAUUUUUAAGGGAGUUCAGAUUUUUGCUUGUCCUUCAGAUCGUUUGCUUUUUCAUGUGUACCUUGUUUUGUUUCUCGCCGCUUUACAUCAAUACAUUAUUUGGCGCCUUCCGCCUUGUGGUGGAGCCUCAUGGUGGAUCCGGGUCGCCAGUUGAUGUCUUUUUUGUUGUUCGGGCUGUCGAGGUGAUUUAGUCGAGAGUGACGCAGAGGCGCGAGAGAACUGAAAACAAGUGUGAAUCGGCCGCUUCGCAAGCAAAAAUCAGUGCACUUCGCCUUUUCAGAACCGUCUUGCGGCACAGCUCGUUGCUCCCCGCUAGAACUCGUAUAUGUUAAUCGCAUCGCCACAACGUGUCAAAAGGCACAUCGGAG